AAAGCCAAGAAAUUGUCCAUACUUUUGUAUUACGUAAUAAUUUCAUAUCAUAAAUCAUAUGAAAUUAUUAUAAGAAUUGUUUUAUAAAUAAUCUUUUUUUUUUAUAUACAUGUAAAUAUUAUGAAUUGCUUUAAAUCUGUUUUUCAAUAUAUUGUAAUAAUAUAUGAUAAUUCAGAAUAUUUCUUGUAUGUAUGAUUAUGUUUAAUUUGUCAUUUUUAUGAAAUAUUUUAUUAUAGUUUUGAAGAAUUACUUGACUGUACAUUUCAAACUUUGAUAAUUUGUAAUUGUUCUUUAUUCCUAUUUCUUAAGAUCUUGUAAAUUUUUACAUAACUCUUUUUGACACUAAAGUAGAGACAAGCUGUUAGGCUUUUAGCAAGUUUUUUUUGAAACCAUAAAACAUCUUGAUUAACACAAUUAAAUGUAAAUACUUUAGUUUGUAUUAAAUCUUUGUCCAAAUGCCUGUGAGAUUGAGCAACAGGAACAAGGGUGCUAAAGUGACAGACUAAGUAAAUUACCUUCUGGACAAAGUGAUAAUCUAUCAUAGAUACGGGUUAAAGAGUAACGCCCCAACGAUUACGGCGUCACACAUUGGUGGAGAAUCCGGGUACGAUUUUUCAUUUUCCAUGAGUGAUCCCAUCAACGCAAACCAUUAUUAUCUGAGGUCAGGAGGAGAGCCGCCACAGCUUCCGCAGCCCAAUCCGCCUCAGCCUAGAGAUAACGAAGAAGAUUCUGAAAGUGACAAUUCACUACAUCUCAGUGAUAUCAGUGCCAUAACUACUGAUACAUUUAUAGAUCCUCCUGUGAACAAUUUAAAUUUAGAAAUGGCUCACCGACUCGAGAUGCCAAAAUUUGAUGGCUGCCCAGGCAGAAAGGCUGUUGACUGGUUUACACAGUAUAACCGUUACUGUGAUUUGUUAAAUCUGGAUGAAGAAAGGAAGGCCAAGAUGAUUCAAUUCUUCCUCAGUGACCAUGCCCUGGCAUUCUAUAACUCACUAGAUGAGGAAACUAAGGAUGAUUAUCCCACAUUAUGCGAUGGAUUAAUUUCUCGAUUUGAUGGCAGUGACGGGACAGUAGAGCUAUUAGAUUUGCAGCAAAAACAUGGUGAACCAUCUUCAUCAUUUUUCACACGUGUGUUAAGUGCUACCAAUCAGAGGGGUUGUCCUGAGCAGCUCCUCAUUUCCAUUGUUCUGAGAGGAUUAAAACCGGAAUUACGACAAAUUGUUAUGCCUCAAAAUUUACAAACGGUUGAGGAACUUAGAAAGGCAACCCACUUGGCUGAGAGAACUCUUGGCUUUUCGAAUACAUCAAAUGUGGCUGCCUUUACUGACAUUCUGACUGCGCAAAUUCAAGGACUUGCAGACAAAAUUGCCAGUAUGGAAAGUAGGACUUACCAGAGGCCACCUCAAAAUAGCUGGACCCCCAGACCAAGGCAUCCAGCUUACCAACAUCAGGAUCUGAGACGACAUCAACCAGCACCAUUUCCACACAAACCAGAACAUUUCCCUUCUCCACUUAGACAGAAUGGAACAGGAUGUCAGCGUUGCGGGAAUGGUAAGAAACAUUCUUUAAAUCAAUGCAAAGCUAGAGAUAUAACUUGUAACCAUUGUUUUAAAGUUGGCCAUCUUUAUCAAUAUUGUUUUAAACGUCUCAAUGAAGAGGCAAAUGGUAGCCAUUAGGGGUGCGCGCCUGUCUGUAAUAUCAUUACAGAUGGGCACAUGUC